GCGAUGGUGCGUACCAGGAGAGUCUUUUCGUCUUUUGUAGGGAGUACAGCAGCGGGAUAGGAGCAGGUGUGUGCAGGCAGAGAGAGAGCUGCAGGCCUGGGACUGGGGAAGGGUUGGGGGUGUGUGCACGCAGACGAUGGCAGCGGGCGAUGUGGUGGACGGACAGGGCGAGGGAGGGAGUUAGAUCAGGGCAUCGCUCUGAAGGCAGCAGCAGCAGCGGCACAGAGGAGAAGAAGGAUUGGGAGGGGAUCGGAAGAGUUCCUGCGCGGUGCACUGUUGCGAAAGGAUCAUCGCUCAGAAGGCUGGCUGUAGGCGCCUCUGCGGAACAGACAGCAAGGACAGGUGGUGGUGGAGGGGCUUGUCUUGAAGGAGAAAGAAGGAUUCAAAGGGACCUGACCACUGAGCAGCACUACUAGGGUCAUCCGGUUCGAGUCGAGACAGACACUCUCACAGACAUAGAAAAGGAGGAGUCGAGGCGUUGUAUUUUCCUUUCCCUUCCUCCCCAUCUUGUCGACCCUUCGUUGCCCCUUCCUGUCUCAUCUCGCUUCUACCACGGUAUUCUCCCAUACUACACUACCGCAGCAACUCUCAGCUUCCGCGACUCGAGUGUGCCAUCUUACCUCCUCGCCUCCACUCCCGGGGGGUACUUUUACUGUAGCUGUUGAGCUGGUGUGUUCUUUGGAUAUCGUGUCGCCACUGUGUGGGAGCUGCUCGCCCUGUAGCGAAGAGAGGAGAGAGAGGAGCUACUGCGGUGUGGAUUGUUGAAGUGCAGACGCUGCGUGCUGAAAGGAAGGAUUUGUGCUCCUCGGAGAUUUGGUGUUCACAGGCAUUGAUGCAAGGAGAGAGCUGUAUGCACGUGCUGUUCAUCUGUUCAUUGCCCCGAGACUCUAAACUCGUUUGAAGCCUCGCAGAGGCUCGAACGCUGAAGCUGAUAUUGGCUGCGCCACCCACCAAGUUUAUCAAGUGGCUUGUCUUUAUCAAGGGUCGAACUUCGAUGCUGGCAUAUUAGAGGAUCAGCGACGACCUUGUGGCGAUCUGGUCUGAAGGCUCCUCCAUCAUCGGGAGUUCUCUCCCUUCGUCCGCAAUCCGGGGGCGACUAUUUCUCGACCUUGCUGGUCAGCUCAUCGGGCUUUGCAGCGCUGGGACCUAGUGGACAACCAGCUUCGCGCAUUCCGGCUCUGGAGGCCAUCGUUACUCAAUUUUCCAUAGCAGUGGGGCGAGGCGAGCUUCGCAAUUUUCCAAAAGUCGAUUCUUACUUUCUGGAGUUCUCGUCGAUAUCCAGACAGGCCCAGACACCGCUCGUGCUUCACUCAGCUUACGAAGGCUGAACGCUGCUUCCGAUACUUUUUCCAUCGCAUUCAAGUUUCACGUACGGAAGUCCGUGCGCAAGGCUUGCCAUCGUCAGGAUGGGUGCCGGUAUUCGCGUCACACACGUUGAAGACUAGUCUCCUCAGCAGUCAUCUGGACUCUCUUCGCUGUGUGUACUGGACCGAAGUUCCUUAAUUUUCAUACAAAGUUUGUGACAAUUGGUCACCCAAUUGCAAUCCCCCAUGUCCCAAGUUCCUUUGGCUUUCCCUUCCACAUACUUCCGCUGCGUGUGACCUUUGCUGCUCGUAACCCCCUUCUCGUGUCUUUAGCGCUGUGCUCUACCUCUUCUUUCCGUUCAGGAUCCCUUUGUACAAGCGUCGGGAAAAUCUUCCGAUCCCCUAAUUUUCACUCUGACAUGCAUAUACAAGACACAGCCCACAUCACCUGAAAGUGAUUGGUAGAAACAUCGACCCGUCACUACUGCGAAGCUCAUCGGGUCCAGUCGCGAGAGUUGAGGCGCUGUUGCCCUCUCUAACCAUUGAAGGCCAGGCAAGCAGGAUGACCAGGUCUGUGAAAGAUUGCGAAGACCUACGGAAGGGUGCCUGGACAACUGAGGAGGAUGAGAAGUUAAGGAAGUAUAUAGAAGCACACGGCACAGGUCACUGGCGCAGCGUGGGGCGCAAAGCAGGCUUGCAGAGAUGCGGCAAGAGCUGCCGACUGCGCUGGACCAACUAUCUCCGUCCAGACAUCAAGCACGGGAAUUUUUCCCCCGAGGAGGAGAAGCUCAUAGUGGACCUCCAUGCUUCUUUCGGAAGCAGAUGGUCACUGAUAGCAGCCAGGCUGCCUGGCCGAACGGACAACGACAUCAAGAAUCACUGGAAUACUCGGUUGAAGAAGAAACUAUGCGACAUGGGCAUUGAUCCCGUGACGCACAAACCGAUAUCUGAGAUUUUACUGGACCUGGCGGGGAACCAACAAGCUGCUCGCAGAUGUUUCAGCGACAGCCUGUUGAGCAAGGCCGUGAGGCAGUGUGCCAAGCCCUACACGGACUCUCAGGAGCAUUCGGAAGGGGGGAAACUUAGAGAGUAUCACUCGAAAGCCAUGGAUGAUAUGUCCCUGGAGGAAAUGUACGCGGAAAGCGGGAGCUUUUCGGACAUGAGUGGCGGCUUCGCCGACCCCGAGAUUGUGAACCCGGAAAUUGUGAGUCCUCAUGUACAACAAAUUGACAAUGGCGAGAACAUCGGCUCAGAGAAAGGCCUCAGCGGAGGCAAAGCUUCGUCUCACGAGCAAUCCAGCCAGUCGUUGUGCCAGCAGAGUUCCAUGAUGCACGGGAACCCUCUUGUCAGAUCGCUGUCGACCAGCAACAGCAGCAAUAGACUUUCGCCGACUUUGCCUAUUCUGGGAAAUCUGGCGAUUGGGAGGCCGGGCCACCAGGGCGAGGGAUACCAGGGUCCCGAUCUGUCGGGCGACUUCAUUCUUCAAAGCAAAGGAGACUUUUUCCACCUCAACAAGAAUGCUGCCCGGCCCGAUGGGACAGCUGCGAGCAUUGGCAGCCACGAGCUGAUCCGGGCCAUGAACCACUCCCAGGGAUUGCACAUGCUCCAUCCCGGGCACGGUCACCCGUGCGCCAAUUUCAACCUAGGGAUUGGUCAGUCGCUGGCGAACACGAGAAUCUCUGAAGACAUAAUUGGCAAUUUGGCUUCACAUUCGCCGCGUUUCAUCGAACGCUUCAUCGCAGCUCAUAUGGAGCAAGGGGCUUCGAUGCCCAGACCUCAUCACAGCAGCAGCGGUGGUGGUGUGUAUGGGAAUCACAUAACGAAGCCCACGGAUCAGCUCUGGUUGGGUGACCCUACGACUAUCCGGAAUAGCAAUGAAGGUGUGAACGUCAACAUGGAUCUCGGCGGUGGCCCGAGUCGGGUGGUGCUGUGGGAUUUCUAGAUCACCCAAGGAUGCGCCAAUUUCAGCAGCGUCUUCGUGAACUUGGCAGUUGGUUUUUGAUCUUAGGUUUUGGCUACAGCAGUGCUCGAGCAGCUCAGCUCAGCUCUCGUGGCUCGAGAGCACUUCGACUGGCCUGAUUCUCACCUUAAGCUCUCGGCUCGUCGGAUCCCUCCAUGACCAUAGUCGUCCAGACCGGCACAGACGACACUCCUUGGAACGGUCACUCACUGGAAAUUAUAGGUAAUCUUCCUGUGUGUACAGAAACUGUAGAAUUCGUCAAGUAGGUUAGAGAGCGAGAUUAGUUCCGUAGCUGAAAUCCCUUGAGCAGCAAUAUUUCCUACGCGGUUAGUCUUUAAUCCCAUUUGAUUAAACACUAACCCUGAUAGGGGAUGCAAUUUCUCGAUCGGUACAAAAUGAGGAGCUAUCGAAUCCUUAGAACGGCCUGAUAUUCUGCUGCUGUGGAAUGCAGAGACGGUAGUUCCUGCGUGGCCUGCCCUUGAGAUGCAGCCGGCGAGCAGUGCCGCCCUUUACGGUUUCAAGGAGAUAGAUGCCGGCUCUAGGCGGUCCUGUCUGUUCUUACUCAUGUAUGCAAUAAAAUCUUUACUACAAAUUGCAUUCCCUGGC